AUGCUACGACGUCGUCGAUGUAUUUAUUCUUUAAGUCUAAUUUUUAUAUGUUUUCUUAUCUUUUUUCAUAUUAUUUCUUUAUCAUUGAAAUCAAAAUCUAUUGAUCAUUGUUUGAAGAAUACUGUGCAACCAAGUGAAAAAUUUUAUUCAAAUAUAGUUUAUAUUCCAAAAUUAAAUAUUAUUUAUUGUGAUAUUCCGAAAGCUGCAUCAACAAAUCUUCGACGUCUUAUUUAUGGAUAUUUAAAUCAAUCAAAUUCAUUUUUAAAUCUUAAUAGAAAAAAAAUUUGGAUCGAUUAUAAAGAUUUUUUUAAUAAAUAUUAUUUAACUGAAAAUUUUCAAUUUUUAUUUAAAAAUACAAAUAAAAAAUUAUUUAAAUUUCUUCUUGUUCGUCAUCCAUUUCGACGUAUUUAUUCAGUUUAUUAUGAUAAAUUUAUUAAUAAUCAUAUUGAUGAUACAUUAUCUGGUUGGAAACAACUUGAAGAAGAUAUUUUAUUACAAAUGAAAACAAAUGAAACAUUAUUAACAAUAAGACGAAAUGAUAUACGAUUAGAUUUUCGUACAUUUCUUUUAUAUAUUAUUGAUUCUAUACGAAAAAAACGAUUAAUUAAUAGUCAUUGGGAACAAGUUGUUCAACGUUGUGCAACUUGUUUAAUUAAUUAUGAUUGGAUUGGAAAAGUUGAAAAUUUAGAUCGUGAUGGAAAAUUCUUAACAGACAAAUUAAAUAAAAUUUCAAAUAAAACUCAUUUAGAAUUUCCUCCGAAAGAAUCGCAAAAAAAAGAAAAAAGUCAAAAGUCAUUAGAUGAUUUUAAAAUAUUUCAACUUUUUCGAAAUACUAUUCAAAACGAUGAUGAUUUUCAAGUUUUAAUCAAUUAUUAUAAACCAGAUUUCGAAAUAUUCAAUUAUACGAUGCCGACUUUAUGA